AUUGACAGACUUCAAAGAGGAGGAGGUGGUGGAGGCUCCAUAGGUGGUCCGGUCUAUGAAGAGGUGCACUAUCUAGAUGUGGAUGACAUGGAACCGAGAAUCAUCAUGCCACCAAGUCAUCAGGGCACCAUACCCAACAGCGCUCAUAACCUUCAUCAUCGCAGACCUAGUGACGGGGGAGUCAAUACCUCUCUCUUCAUGUUUCUCGACACUCCUCCGAUGCCUCGAGAAUACUACGACAUAAGACCAAAUGUCCCUGUAAGAUCUUCGGAACUUCAAUCUUCUUGA